CCGGCAUUUAUUUACAAAUAUUUACAAGUAAUUUAGAAAAACUGAAAAAAACAAUUGAAUUAGCUGCAAAAUAUGAGCCGCCAAGAGCCGACAUUUGAGGACCUAAGGUCGUACUUCCGUAGUCACAGUAAAAUACGAGAGCAGCGGGCGCAUACGUCCAAGGUUCACUCGGUUUGCUGGAAUGCUGAUGGGCGCCACUUGGCAUCGGGCUCCUUUGACAAGACGGUGGCGGUGUACACCUUGGAUCGCGAUCGCCUCAUUAAGGGCAGCAUCUACCGGGGUCACACAGCGUCCGUGGAUCAGUUGUGUUGGCACAAAACCAAUCCGGAUCAGUUUGCCACUGCGAGCGGCGACAAGACCGUGCGCGUCUGGGACAUACGCGCGGGGAAGUGUGCUUCAGUGACCAACACCAAGGGCGAGAACAUAAACAUAGCGUGGUCCCCGGACGGCAAGACCAUUGCUGUGGGCAACAAGGAAGACCUCAUCACAUUCAUAGACACGCGGACGAACAAGAUACGCGUCGAAGAGCCCUUCAGCUGUGAAGUAAAUGAGAUAUCAUGGAACAAUACAAACGAUUUGUUCUUCCUCACCAACGGCAUGGGCUGCAUCAACGUUCUGAGCUAUCCCAGUCUGGAGCACCAACUGACGCUCAAGGGUCAUCCGGCCAACUGCAUUUGCAUCGAAUUCGGGCCCACAGGUAAAUAUUUUGCCACUGGUUCGGCCGAUGCCCAGGUCUCGCUUUGGGACGCCAACGAACUGGCCUGCCUGCGUAUGAUUAGCCGCCUGGAAUGGCCGGUGCGCACCAUUUCGUUUAGCCACGACGAACGGCUGAUAGCCUCUGCCAGCGAGGAUCUGCUCAUUGACGUUGCCUUCACGGAAACGGGCGAACGUGUCACCGACAUUCAUGUGGAGGCCUCCACAUUCACGGUGGCCUGGCAUCCGAAGCAGUACCUCUUGGCCUAUGCCUGCGACGAGAAGGAUGUCGAGCGUCGUCGCGAUGCUGGCAAUGUCAAAAUAUACGGCUUUCCCGAGCAAACCCAGGGCCAGUAAA